AUGCGACAAGUAUUCUCGAGAGCGCCGUGUGCUGCCUGUGCUAAACCGUCGUGUGCAUGUCUCGAAGGAUAUGCUCGUAUGAAGGAUAAAUGCAUCUUCUGGGGCGAUUGUCCAUCGAGUGCAUCGAGUGCAACUGCAAAACCGAAACACACAACAACUCAUAGUCCAUCAGAGGCCAUCGAAGAUAUCUCUGUAAUUGAACCACAAAUCGACGAAGUGCGAUCGGAUGCAGUCGUCGACAGCAGCAGUAAACCAGCCUUCCCACCGAUCCGAGCGUCUGCAGUCAAAUCUGCGUAUCCACAACAAUCCGGCAAACAACAAACGCAAAGACCCGCAGCACUCACGUCGCAUAACUUACUGAAUUCAACUGAUAAAGAGUCCAAUGUGGUUGGUGAUGUAUGUUACGGUGACUGGCGAUGGCCGGUUGGUUGUCGAGACUGUGACUAUCGGGUGUCGUGGAACUAUUUGGAUGAUACUGAUGAAAUUGAGUUCUCGGUCGAGACAAGAGCACCGUCGAAUUGGUGGACUGGUAUUGGCUUCUCACCCACUGGAACUAUGUUACCUCAAAGUUGGGUAAACCUCAAAGUUGAGUAA